ACUGGGCAAGACAUCUCCAUCAGGUCCAGGGGCAACUUCCUCUCAGCACAGCAGGCUGUGACUUCACCUCUUCCAGCAUGGGUCAUCAUUUGCCUCAGCUGCAUGACUAGACACUUCUUUCUCACUGGUCCCUGGUGAAGACAAGCGGAGCUAGGCCAGUAAUGACCGUGGUCCAGCAUGCCUUCCAGCCAGGGCCUCUAUUUACCCUUCCCCCGACAGGGCUGAAGAGCGAGCCCUACGAGAAGCUCUUCUCUACAGCAGAAGUCAGAUCUGUCAGAGCUGGGGCAGGGGAUAGAGCAUGAACCUGAGUCCGUAAGAAAUAAGUGGUUUCCAGGUGUGUGUGCUAGAGUUCCCCUCCCUGACACGUUCCCUGUAGGCUGACUAUGGCUCAGGCAGACUGAGAUUGCUGGAGCCGUGCAGGCUACUUGGAGAAGACAGAGGAGGGCCUGGCAGGGCUCUGUGGACCUGAAUGUCUGUCCUCGGUAUUUGUCCUUCCCUCUCCUCCUCUGUCCUUCCCUUUCCGUCUUUUUAAACAAGAGUCUGACUUGGUCAAACUCAUGGCAGUGUCUCGGUGCAGGAUUAUAGCUCACACCUGCCUGGCUCCUGUCCUUUUGUUGUGUGGACUAUUCCUAGCAGGGGUGCUCCUUGACAGUGGAGUGCACUGUCUGUACCUGUUCUUAACCUGACGUGCUUGCCAUGUGAUUCUGAAAACCACCAGCCCAGGCCCUGAGCUGGGGCAGCAGAAAGUAAGGCUUGUCAGUUUGUCCACUCUAGAACCUGUGGCCUCUGCUUAGCCUGACAAGCAUCCUGGGUGUCUGCACUGUAGCAGGCUUUGGUGCCAUGCAACAGAGUUCGAGCCCUGCAGUUGGUGACUACCAGAGGAAAUCCGUGUACCUACUACGCUGGGAUCUUGGAGAUGGAGGCAGUAUUUGGCAGCAGUGGCAAGCAUCUCCUGCAGUGAUGGCAAAGGAGGGCAAAGCCUGCCAGCAGGCUGGGAAGCUCCAGAACUGUAGCAGUUCUGUCAUUUUAGAGCCGGAUAGAGACCCCCGCCACCAGGCUACACCCCCAGCCCGCAGCCAUCAGUGUCCAGUCAGCAGCCUGGGUAGGGGAGGCUGUGUGCGGAAGGUGGCUUGUAUGGGGUCUUGGUGGAGCCCAACACUGAAGUGCUGCGUUGUGGGGGCAUAAGGAGUGGGUGGCAUGAUGUCAGGGAAGGUUUGGCAGAGCAUUGUGCUUGGCAUGGUGCCCCGGGAGGAAAGGGGCUGUUGACUGUCUCUCUAGCACUUCGUGGUGAAUGGGUUGGUGGGCGGAGAUGAGAGUGGUCCUGACAUUGGGCGUGACAUGGGAGAGGCUCAACCAAGGCAGUGGGGCAAAGGAUGGAUGACCCCAGCAGACCACGGGGACUGUGUGGGUAGGGAGGACUACGGUGGCCUCUAGGAGUCAAGAGUUGGAUAGUGGAUGGAGUCCUGGCAGGGACGUGUGGGACAGGAGGCUUCCCCGGGACGCGAAAGUCAAGUGCUGAUGCCGAACCCUGGAACUAUGUCCUUUGUGAGGUAGCCCUGAGAACUGGCACCAGGUUCUGUCCUGGGGGAGGGGCAGGCAGAAGUCACAGCAGGGACUAUAGGAGAUGGUUCUCGCCAUGCUUGGGGCUCUGUACCCCAGGGCUGGGCUCAGUCUCUUCCUUUUUUACCUCAUCCUGGCAGGCGCACUUCUUCGACCUCAGCCCCAGAGGUCUCAGCGAUCUGUUCCUGAGGAAUUCUCAGCCCCGCUGGAGCUCCCACAGCCGCUCUCAGGCCUGAUGGAUGACUACGGGGUCAGACCCAAGCACCCGUGGCCAGGAGGGGCCCGACCCCUUCUCUCUCAGGCCCAACAGCGCAAGCGAGACGGGCCCAACAUGGCUGACUAUUACUAUGACGUGAAUCUGUGAUGGGAACCCCACAUAAAGCUAUUCUGGUCAGCAAA